CAUCAAUCUAAUCGGCCACAUCAGCCAUUGUAAUAACAAGCAUCACAUCAACGCGCAUGGCCCUUGGUGGCGCAUAAAUACAGUCCAUAUCAAUGUUGUUGUUGUUCUAGUAGUAGCAUUGUAAAAUAUUCCUCUUGAUUCAUCGAUUUCCGAUGUGUGUACAUGUAAAACUCAGCUUUCAAUCCUGAUAGAGAACCAAGCAAGAUGCUAGACGCGCUGGUGCCGGUAGGCAUAACCGCUUUGAUUUUUGGAGGCUGCUGCUCGAAUGUUUACGCGCUUGAAGCUGUCCUAAAGCAUGAGCCGGACAGUGGUCUUCUCAUCACGCUCAUGCAGUUCAUUCUGGUCACUCUUUUCACUUACAACAGCCAGCGUUCACUCAAUCUGCCAUCCUUUUUGAAGCCUACCAAGAUUCCACUCCGCAAGCUUUUCUCCAGCGCCGCCAUGUUCUUCACCGUCAACAUGCUCAACAAUUGGGCUUUUGCCUUCAACAUUGGCGUGCCUGUACACAUCAUCCUACGAAGUUUCGGAAGCGUGACUACCAUGGCAGCCGGCUGGUUGCGCGGGAAACGAUAUUCGCAGCUGCAGAUUGUUUCUGUCGUUUUGCUUACCCUGGGCGUCAUGAUCAGCGCCUGGGCGGAUGUAGAGUCAAAGGGAAAGCCUUUGAAAACGGAAGGCGUCGAUACUGGUAUUUGGUUUGGACUUGGGCUCCUGAUCCUACUCGUCGCACAGCUGCUUUCUUCCUAUAUGGGAGUCUACGUUCAAGACGUGUAUGCAGAGCACGGCAAGCACUGGGAUGAGAAUCUCUUCUAUAGCCAUUUUAUCAGCUUGCCGCUUUUUUUGCCGUUAUCUGCUACGCUUCGGUCGCAAUUCGUGCGUUUACAGAAUUCGCCGCCCAUGCUCGUCCCGCCUGUCUUCGCGUCGUCCGUACCUCUUGUACUGCAGUCCUGGCUAGCAAAGGUACCGCGCUCCAUAUUCAUGUUGGCAGUCAACUCAAUCACGCAACUUCUCUGCAUCACAGGCGUUAAUCUUCUUGGGGCGAAGUCAUCCGCUGUUACAGUGACUAUUGUCCUCAAUGUCAGAAAGCUUGUCAGCUUCAUGCUGAGCGUCUGGCUAUUUGGAAACCCAAUGAGUGCUAAGAUGAUAACAGGUGCUGCGCUUGUGUUUGGUUCGGGCGCCUUGUAUGGCUGGGAGACCACUGUGGGCAUCAAGCGCCGGCAGAAAGUGCAGACGAUAUAUCAACAGAAUGGCAAUGCAAAUGGAGACAAGAAAAAGAGCUAGAUUGUCAAGAGAGCCAAACAAUCCCACCGUUAACUCGGGUUUGGACUUGCCAUUUGGGCCUUUCACCAAGAUCAUGAGGAAAACUAUGAGGUGGAGAUCGGGUAAAGACAAGUUCUGAUAUCGAGCUCCAACAGAAAUAUUACCACAGUCAAGAGUCGUGUCAUCUGGUUAUUUUGAAUUCGUGAUUCAAAUGUAUAAUAGGACAGGUCAAUAUCCCCUGCUCAUUGAUAAGCAAAACUUGCACAAUCGAUGAAGAAAUCGAUAAUUA